AUGAAUCAAAAUGCUUAUGCUACUGUUGCUGAGGCUGCUAAUAUUUAUGAUUUAUAUGAUGACUUGUUCCGAAUAAUUUUCAAAUUUAUGAAAAUUUCUGAUUUUCACUCAUUCAUGCUUGUGAAUAAAUUCAUGAAUCGAAUGUGUAUUGAAAAUGCAAGGACUAAUCACAGACACAAUAGAAAAUAUAACAGACCAUUCAAUUUUCUCUCCCGAGAGGAGAUUGAACAAAUAGAGUUGUUGGAUGAUUAUCUGUUCAUGGAGAAAAAUCAAAAAUUGAGUGUUAAUGUUCUUUUUGUUGGAAAUGGAUAUGUUGGAACAACUUGCAUGAUUUUGAAAUGUUUGGGAGAAGGGAAAAUGGAAGAUUUUGUUAAUUCAAGAUGGUAUAGAGAGAGGGAUUUUUAUAGUUUGCCAAUUAUUGGUAAGGAAGAGUAA